ACGGACAGCACAGCAGCCUCCGUUGGACCAAUUACCGGGCCCGUCUGAGCGCAGCCCCGCCGAGCGUGUUUUCCUGGGCGGCCUCUGUUCACUGUGCCAGGACAGUCAGAAGCAAUAGCAGGACGAACAGCUCAGGACCGACACUACCAAGUUUAUAAUGGGGUCGUCUGGGGCUCUAGUCUGGUCCACCGCGUUUGUCUUGAUUUUACUGAGCUCAGCAUCCAAUGAUGAGCACGACUGGGAGCAGCGUGAGGUCACCUUUGACAAAAUCAUGCAAGAGAUGGAACAACCAGAUUCCUCCAUGUUGCAGAAAGAGGUGGACUUGGCAGAUAUUUUUGAUUCAAAGGCGUUCCCAGAGCUAGUAAUGAGGUCCCCACCAGAACAGUUUGAAAGCACGAAUGACAGAAAGAUGGAACACCCAGAUUCCUACAUGUUGCAGAAAGAGGUGGACUUGGCAUACAUUCUUGAUCCAAAGGCCUUACCAGAGCUGGUAAUGAUGUCCCCACCAGAACAGUUUGAAAGCACGAAUGACAGAGGUCGUCCGAGUUUUGUGCCUCGUUCCUUUGGUGGUCCUCCCAUUUUGAACUACCCAGUUCAGUUCCCCCUCGGGCGACCGACCUCCGACAAUCUCCAAGCCAUCUGUCUCAAUGGAGAACAUCGUCCCACCUACCCAAAGUCUUACUUUCCUGUUUCUGGCUUUAGCCAGCAGAAGGAGAAGGCCAGUGCUGUCAAUAUGGCCGAGUCCUGGUUUCGCACAUGCUGCAAAGGGAACCAGACGUGGGAGAGGGAAGUGACGCUGUGUUGCGCCACACAGGCAUGGGAGCUGUCAGUCCAAUCCUUCUGUGAAGGCGACAUAUCAAUAAAGCAUCGUGUUUAUCACUGCUGCAAACUGAGGGGCAACGACAUGCUGAACUGUUUCCAAAACGACGCGCCAAACCCAAACUACGAGGCAACAGAGGAGCUACCGGUACCACCGCUUCCCUCUAAGGACAACUUCAGCUUUGACCCUAACACUUGCCAGAGGACAGUGAUGACUUCGCAGGGGGUCAGAGGAAACAGAAGAAAGAUAGAGAAGAAACCAUCUGCUCCCCAGAAAGUUAACAUGAGCUUUCCUCCUGGACGACCCACCGCUGACACAAUUGAGACACUGUGUCGCGACCGGAAACAGCGCCCCCUCUAUAAAAUAAAUUGCCUGACAGGUGUCGGGUACGAAUGGCUGGCUCGUCAGGCAAAGACCAUUAAUCGUAUAGAAAAGGGAUUCAAAAACUGCUGCAAAAAGAAGCAGGGUGUGCUCAACUGUGCUGAUCAGAAGUGGCGUGAAGAGCUGAACAAGUAUUGCGUUGCCAAGAACGGUGGACAGGUCGAUUUCCUCUGUUGUUUGGGCGAUUUGUCAAUUGAUCGUUACAACUGUUUCCAAGAUGCUUCUCCUGACCCACAUUAUAACAUGACCUCUGCCACUGAAGAGCUCUCACUUCACAACAUCUGUGACACUCACAAGAUUGUCAAGAAGAAGUUCCCUGUUGAUUUUCCUCUCAAGCGCUUUGUGAACCAAUGCUGCCCCCUCUCUGAAGAAUCCAAGACUGCUUGUUUUGAGCAGGAGCUUGAGGAAAUAGCACGGGUGUGUUACUCAAGGAAGGCUUCUCUUUUAGCUAUCCAUCGCUGUUGCCGCAGAUCUUCACAAGAGUCUGCACAGUGUUUCUCCAAAAUGAUCAUGGAUGCCAUCUCCAAAGCAACCACCGUCUCACCCCAAAAGAAGAAGAAGAAGAGGUGCCCUCUCUCCUAAACACUUAUGACCUUUUGCUGCUGACCCUACUGGCACUGGGCAUUUCAAGGCAACGGCAAGCUAGCAGCAUAGUUGACCUCAGAUCACUGAACAGGAACAAUUAGAAGUCUGUAAGAAAAUGUGGUCAAAAUUCUAGCUUUAUAGGCUUCUGACUGCCAAUGUUAUUUGCUUCUUUUUUUUUUUUUACAUCUGAGAUCACAUUAGAAGCAUUGUUAUCACAAGAAUAGAUUUAUAGUGAAACAAAAAUAUAGCUAAAUGCUUAGUUUGGAAAACAGACUGUUGUCUGUGUCACUUUACCAUUAUUUGUUAUAGGCUGCUCAUUAUAUAUUUGAGUAUGAAUGCAUUUUAUUGAUUCAGUUGAAGCUGCAAGAUCAGUUCUCUUCUUCGUAUGGUUUUUUGGUGGUCAUAUCUACAAAAGUUCUAAUAAAAAUGGUUUUAAAUGUA